AUGACAGCGCUUGUCAAGCGAAAUGUCAGCGUGGCAUUUGCCGCUGAUGAACAGCAGCCGCUAUGCGGCCAGCCAACGUCUAAUCUAUCAACCGCAAACAAACAAAAACAACGCGAUAAACGAAAAUCAACGAAAUGGUUUUGUAAUAAUCGGCAAAUGGCGCGAUUAGCGCGCCCGAUGUUGCUGCUUUUCUUCUUACUGCAGGCUACGCAACAUUUGCCUCAUGUCAACAUGUUGACCGACGACCGGUCAUCCAGCGUCAAUCAGCUCUCAUUCGUGGAGAGCGCAACAAAGUUUGUAAAUAAUAGUCGCGCCAGCGACAAUGUUAGUGUAAAUAGUGUAAGUUCUACUCUAAGUGUUGACAAUGAAAUUGUACAAAGCGAUGUUGCGGCAACAAUGUUGCCAGCAACGCAACAGCCAGCCAAACGAAAGCUGCGCCGUAAAUAUCACGCGAAAACACACAAUCACACAGCGUUGGGUAUGGCUGCGGGUCAGCGAUACAAAGGCAACCGACGGAAAGUGUUGCUGCAGCGCAUGCAACCAAAUGCGACGCAUGCAACACGCAACAUGUCAGUAGCGGACGCGGAACAGCUGCCGCAGUUGCAACGAAUAAUCGCAGAAAAUAUACCAAAGAAUAUGCGAAGACAACAAACACAGCAGGAGCGACGAAGGGAGGGAGCUGUGAAACAGCAGCAGCAACACCAGCAACCCCAACAGCAAAGGCUGCAUCAAACGCAGCAGCAACAACAAUUCUCAUACAAUCCCCGAGAAGGAAAAUAUCACCAUCAGCAGCAGCAGCAGCAACAACAACAAACACUUUUGCCACAAAGUGCUAACCGCCAGCGUGGACCUCAGCAUGAACUGCAGAGGCAUUAUAACUUUGUGCCGCAACCCGACAUACCCACCACCACAUUGCGCGUCAGCACAUCCAUCGAUCAUCACCAUCAUCAGCAUAUCACAACGAAUACAACAACAACAAUACGACAACAUGUUCAGCAGGAAGAGCCACAUCAACAGCAGCAGCAGCAUCAUUUCGUUGGCAAUGCAAGCAGCAUAACGUCUAGACAAUAUCAAACCCAUCAGCAGCAGCCACAACCUCAACAACAGCAGCACACCAUCUACGAUACCACAACCGUGCAAAAUCGCCAAGAUCACGUUGUUUUACAGGGUAACACCGAUAUUGUGGUAUAUCGCAAUAUUGGCACUCUGCCAUGCCCACCAAAUGUGCGUCUAGUGCCGCAUCGCUUCAUACCAGUGCAUCCGCAGCAGCGUCCAAGGCAAAGGGUGGUUGCUGCUGUAACUAUUGAUGUUGGCGUUGGUGAAGUUGAUGCUUGCGGUUUUCUUGGUGGCACAACAUAUGAGCGUGCGCGUCAGCUUGUUUGUGUGCCCCUCCAGAAGGGUUUACUGCAACACUUUCUCUGCUUACAGGAUGAUUAA